UAUGAAGGACCCGCUGCACUGCCUGGACGACACUCCAAAGCCAUUGAUUUGAGUGCGAACAAAAAUGGCACCCCUGCACUUCCUUUUACCCUUACUUUCGUUAGGGACAGCGUCUCUUGCUCGAGAGGAUACUUUCAAAUCUCAAUGCACCAGCUUCGCUGAGAAAAUUGAUAUCCCCAAUGUGCGCGUGAAUCUCGUCAACUAUGUACCGGGAAACACGAACCUUUCUCUUGCGGACAAUCCACCCGCAUGUGGAGCAAGUUCGCAGUCGGUGCCUGCAGAUAUUUGCCGAAUUGCACUGGCUGUGGCCACUUCGAAUAGCAGCGAGAUCACCAUGGAAGCCUGGCUUCCGCGUGACUACACGGGCCGUUUCUUGAGCACCGGCAACGGAGGACUCGGUGGCUGCAUCCAGUACUAUGACGUUGCAUACGCAUCCGGCUUGGGAUUCGCGACGGUUGGUGCCAACAAUGGCCACAACGGAACAUCCGGCGAACCCUUCUAUCAGCACCCCGAGGUCGUUGAAGACUUCGCCUACCGCUCCCUCCACACCGGCGUCGUGGUCGGCAAACAGCUCACGAAACAAUUCUACGACCAGGGAUUCGACAAAUCGUACUACCUGGGCUGCUCCACCGGCGGCCGGCAGGGCUUUAAAUCCAUCCAGAAAUAUCCCAAUGACUUUGACGGCGUGGUCGCGGGCGCUCCCGCCUUCAACUUCAUCAACCUGCUGUCGUGGAGCGCUCACUUCUACCCCAUCACUGGGUCUCCUUCAUCCGACAGCUACCUAUCCCCCGCCGAGUGGAAGGUCGUUCACGAGGAGAUCCUCCGACAGUGCGAUGGCAUGGACGGAGCCCGUGACGGGGUCAUUGAAGACCCGGACCUCUGCCACCCGACGAUGGAAACCAUCAUCUGUAAAUCAGGCUCCUCCUCGAACAAAUGCAUCUCCGGCGCCCAGGCCAAAACCGUCCGCGAGAUCCUCUCUCCGCUCUACGGCGUCAACGGAACCCUCCUGUACCCGCGCAUGCAGCCCGGCUCCGAGAUCAUGGCGGCCGCGAUGAUGUACAACGGCGAGCCGUUCGCCUACAGCAAGGACUGGUACCGCUACGUAGUCUACAACGACACGAACUGGGACGCCACGACGUUCGACGUCCAGGACACGGCCAACGCGCUGGCGCAGAACCCCUUCAACAUCCAGACGUGGGAGGCGGACAUCUCGCCGUUCCGGGACGCCGGGGGCAAAGUGCUGACCUACCACGGUCUGCAGGACCAGCUGAUCAGCUCCGAUAACUCGAAGCUGUACUAUGCGCGGGUGGCGGAGACGAUGAACCUCGCCCCCUCGGAGCUAGACGAGUUCUACCGGUUCUUCCCGAUCAGUGGCAUGGCGCACUGCGCGCAGGGGGAUGGCGCCUUCGGCAUCGGGAACGGCUACAGGACGUAUAACGGCAAGGAGCCCGAGAAUAACAUCCUGAUGGCCAUGGUGCAGUGGGUUGAGAAGGGGAUUGCGCCCGACCAUGUCCGCGGGGCCAAGUUUGCCAAUGGACCAGGAAGCGCCGUGGAGUAUACGCGCAAGCAUUGCAGGUAUCCUCGGAGAAACGUGUACAAGGGGCCAGGGAACUAUACGGAGGAGAGUGCGUGGCGCUGCGUCUAGAGAGUAUUAUGGUGAAUAUACUGUUGCUACCACCGUGACUGGUGGGUGACUAUUCAGGAU